AUGGCAGAACCGACGAUACGACAAACUACCAAUCUGUCCAUACAUACUUCUCGUGACUCUUUAGAGCAUAAAAAAUGGUCUCCGUUACCUGAGAAAGAAGAAACCUCAAUUUCUAGUUUAGCGUUACCUUUCCCGCCACCUUUAACUCGUGAGAUGUUCGCAGCUGCUGAUUUUAACUGUGAUAAAUUUCUCGCAAAUCGGCGGCACUUGCCUCUUGAUGAACUAAAACGUGAACUAAAUGCACAUUUAAAGAGUCUGAAAAAUGAAUUAGUUGAAAUGAUCAAUAGAGAUUAUGCGAGCUUUGUUGAUUUAUCAACGAAUUUGAAAGGAGUUGAUAAGCAAGUUCGUUUCACACUUCAGGAGGUGGUAGACUCCCUAGAACAAAAAUUGGCUCAUCGCGCUUCAAUUCGUGAAAAAAAGGCAUGUUUACAACUCUUUAUAAACAUCUAUGAAUCAGUGCGCAAAGUGGAGGCAUUGUUACUUAUCAAUAGUGACAAUAGUGUUGCUAAUAGUGUCAAACAGAUUGAACGUGUUGCCAUUGAAUAUAAUCAAAUGCAAUAUCUUGUUAACAAAGGCAAAGGGUUGCCAUUUGUGGCAAAUAUUGAUUGGCGAAUAACGAGAAUAAAAGACACUCUUCGCGCAAAUUUAACUGCUGCGUUACGAUCAGCAUUACAUCCAAUGAAACUUGAAGCAAACUACGCUUCUUCAAAGGACACGUUAACUCAGAUAUUACGUACAUAUGCAUUGAUUGAUCAGACUAAAGCAGCUGAAGAAGUUAUACGUGAAGAAUUAGUUAAACCUUUUGUUCAAGUGACGGUUACGCGACAAUUCCUAGAAAAACCCCCUCAACCAAUCUUGAUUCAUUCCGCUAAUAUCGAACCACUUUCUCAAUUCAUAUCUUCUCCUACUUCAAGAACUUUUGCGCCACAUGCCGUUCUUUCGUCCUCUAAAGAUCCAUUGGCUAUUAUGUAUAAUAAAGUGCUUGGCUUUAUCAGCAAUGACUGUUUCCUGCUUCUCGAAAUUACUCGUAAGGUUCUUAAGGGAACAAGUUAUGAGAUAUUGGUCAAUUCUGUUUGGGUAGAAGUCAUGGAGUCGAUAAUGAAAAAAUUGUUGUUUAUUUUUAAUCCUGGAAAUCCUAAUGUGUUUCAUAAGAACUAUACAAUAUCAAUGAACUUUGUAUCAAGUAUUGAGAACAUGUGUUAUUCUAAAAAGACACUAAUAUAUCUACGAACGCAUCCCACUUAUUUGGAAUUUAUAAAGAGAUGGCAACUAGCAGUCUAUUUUCAACUACGUUUCAGAGAAAUAUCUUUACAAGUUGAAAAUACUUUGAGUUUGGGAUUGAUAAUGUUAAAUGAAGCAAACAAUGAAUCACAUGAUUCAUCAUCUGAAAUAAAGCUAUCAGCUACAAAAUCAAUUAUUGCAGCCAUAGAACGGUGUUGGUCCGCUGACGUGUUCGUCUACGGGCUAUCGCAUCGUUUUUGGAAACUAACAUUGCAGCUAAUACAACGAUACAAGAAUUGGUUGUCAUCAAUGAUUGGCGAUUUAGGGGAUUCUAAUUCAUCAACUAGUGAAAAGCCAUUGACUCCCGCCACGAUAAAUUCUUCGUCGAAUCGGACAUUAUCCAGUAGUUCAACGCCAAGCGCUGUUUCGACUAGUGAAGCACUAGAGGAACAGUUAUUGAACCAGUUGACUGUGAUUACUUUUGAUAUCGAAAAUUUUAUUACAAAGAUAAGGCAAUUUUUUCGAGAAGUAAUUAUGAUUCAGUUACCACCGCAGAUGAUGGACGAGCCAUUAAUAGAAGAGAGCAUCAAAAUCUCUCUAUUAUCAAUUCAAUCCGAUAUACCGGAAAUUAGUCGUACAGUGACCACUAUACUAAUCAAGCGUUGUGCGGAAUAUUUACGACAAACGCGAGGAAUAAUCACCCAAUAUCGAUACAAGAACAGAGAACCACCCACAGAAUUCUCGUAUUUUGUACCUACAAUAAUGAAACCACUUGUCAUGUUUUGUGAUUUGAAUCAACACACAUUGACAGAAUCACGUCGAAGAGAAUGGAAUUUGAUGGUUGCUGAAGGUGUCACAAUGCGAUACUACAAGAACGUAAGUGAAACACUCGCAACAUUCAAAAGAACUGAAGAAAGUCACAAAUUCAAAAGGAAUCGCGUUGCUGGAAAUAAUAAUGACGCCUCAGCAUCUAUGAAUGAUGAAGAUAAGAUGAGAUUACAAAUCUUUUUGGAUGUAAAACAGUUUGGUAAAGAGUUGGAAAAUUUAGGAAUUGUGCUUGCAGAUGUUGCAAGUUAUGCAGAGCUGUUCAAAGUUGUCGAGCCUUAUGAGACAAUUGGAAGACAAUAA